ACUCAAGAGUCCCGAGAAAAAAAAGAACCGCCCGGUGGGCGGGGCGUAGGGACGUUAGGACGCCGUGGGGCGGGACAAGAGCUGGCGCCUGCGCGCUAGCGACAGUGCCUCCGCGCGGAGUGGGCGGGAGGCGGCGCUGAGAUGAGUCGGGCCCUAGCGCCACCGCCGCGGUCGCCGCCGUUACGGAGCUGAGCGCGCCGAAGAGGUGAGUGAGCGUCCGCUUCCGCCAGCCUCGCUUUCCCCGUCCGUUGAGCCCGGAGCGCCCCCUCCCUCGCCGCCCGCCUCCUUCGGCGUCUUCUCUGGGCGGCUUCUGCCCCCCCCCCAUAGCAUCCGGAGUGGGAUGUCGCCCCCCGAGCGGCGUUGGCGGGAGGGCUCUGAAUGGGCUUUGCUGGGCAGCCUCUCCUCGUCCAGGAGGCCCGAAAAGAGGCUGGAGGGGAGCGCGAGGGGAGGCGCCCGCGUCCCCAGGUCCCGGUUCCCUGCGGCUCCAGACCCUGUUUCGUCUCCUCCUCCUGCUCGAGACCUUCUUUGCAUUCCCUUCCCUUCCCGCCCCCCCCCCCAGCACCUGCCCGUGUGAGGCAUCCCGCGGGUGACUGGAGAGCCCUUUGCCCAGUUACGUGUUCUCUUAGGAUUUCAGGUGAUGCGGGAGACGUCACUGUCGGGCUACUCGUCCUGCCAUUCCUUGGACUGCUUUCCGGAGUAAACAACACCUGCUUUUGGAGUAAGUCAGUCUCUCUUUUUGUAUGGUUGGGGGCGGAGUGGGGACAUCAUCGUGAGUUUGGGGGGGGGGGGGACGGACUUCUUUAUUCCCUGUGCCAUAGAGUGGGGUUCCCAGCAACUAGUGCUCAGAGACAUACUGCCUUUGAAAGUGGAAGUAGAACCCCUGGCCAUUGUAGCGAGUAGCCAUGGAAAGCUUUAUUCACCAUGGAUUUGUCUAAUCCUCCUUCAAAGUUAUCCAGGUUGGUGAUGCUACCUCUUGUGUGAGUGAACUCCAUAGUUAAACUAUGUGCUGUGUGUGAAGAAGCUGUUUCUUCUACCUGUCCGGAAUCUUCCUGUAUUCAACUUCAUUGGAUGUUCCCAAGUUAUGAGAGAGGAAGGAAAAUUUUUCUCUGUCUGCUAGUUCUCCAUACUAUACUGUUAUAGAUUUGGGAGUGCUCCCCGCCCCACAAAUCCUAGAAAUUAAUAAUUGGUAAUAUUUUGAUUAUUUGGGAUGUGAAAGGAGAAAUGCAAACUGCAGAGGAAUUUCUGGGCUAGUCUAUUCAAAACAGGGCCAUUAAGGAACAAUAGAGUUCCAGUGAUAUCUGACCAAUAUUUUAACAGUGGCCCACUAAUUAAAAUAACUUGGCAAUGCAAGAGAACUGUCCUUCCCCCCUGCCCUGAGUUGUGAACAGAGACUGGGGUUUGGAAGGUUGGCAGGGUGACUGUGUGUUUGAGGUGACAGGAAAAAGGAGUCUGGGGAGGAGAAGGAGGAAGAGAGACUAGGAUUCAUCUUUGGGCAGGUUGGCUGAGGGAGAUGCCUUGACUCCAGGGCUUCACUGCUGCAGGGACAAGCCCUCUUGAAAUGACCAUGCUGUAAGAUUUGGACUCCUCCCAUGCAGACUGAAGCCACGACAGUUUCCACCAUGUCUCAGUUCUUCAAAGGACCACAGUGCCUGGAACCCCAUGAGCAUGAGCUCUUGCCACUGCUCAGCAGAGAGUGGGAGGCACCCAGCUUUUGUAACAAUACAUAAUUUUAUGCAUCUUUAUAAUUUCUUCUUUAGAUUUGUAUAAUGGCAUUAUGAUAUUGAGAUCUUUAUUUUCCAUUCCUUUGUAAUGAUACUUAGCAUGGAAGUUGCCUAUUUUCACAGCUGCUGCAUGACUGCAUUGCAGACCUCCUGGAAGUUCAGGUGUGUACUCUGGGUUACACCUUGAACCAUCAUUGCUACUGGAGGCGUGGGUGGCCCCAGAGGCUAGGAGUGCCUUUUCCUAGCUUUGACUGGUGCACCAGCCAUAGCCAUUCUUGGACAGGGCUAAUCUAUACACCAUUAACUUCCAGGUUGGAUUACUGCAAUGUGCUCGUGUGUUCUGCUCGUUGCUGCUUUAGGACCUGCGGCUAACUCAGUGGUUUGGUUGCUGAAUGGUGCUGCCUACCAUUGAGCAUGUUACACUGGGGCAGGUUCAAGGUGCUUAUUGACAUAUAAGACCCUGAACAACUUGGGGCCUGGUUACUUGAGGGAGCACCUUCUCUCAUAUCAUCCUGUCCAUUAAUUGAGUUCUCCAUGUCAGGCCCUCCUAGUCAUUCCAUGCAUCCUGAAUCACCGAGGGGGAGAUCUUUCUCUGGUGCAAUGCCCAGCUCUUGGAAUUCACUCUUUCCUGAAGUAUGACAGGUACCAACCUUGUGUUUUGGUAUCUGUUUAAGACCUACCACUUUUAUCAAGCAUUUCCUUUAUUAAACACCUAGCUUUCUGUGAAAUAUUUUUUAUUUUCCCACUGUUAUUGUUGCAUUAAUGCUUUGUGUUAUUUCUUAAAUACGUUCAAUAUAAGCUGCCCUGAAAUUUGAUAAUAAGGAUGGUAUAUAAAUAUUAGAAACAAUGCUGGUGUUUAUAGGACUAAAUAUUUCAUUGUUUUCUUGUCCUGUAGAUAAUAAACCCUGGGAGUGGAGAAUUCAGUAUCAGGAUUGUGCAUUAUUGCUGUUGUUGUUGCAAGUGAGCUAAUGUAAAAUGAUUACUUGGGGUCUGCUCCUGAAGGUUGCAAGAAUGGGCAUUUGGUCUUGAUAAAAUUAUUGCAUAUGUUGAAAUUUUGUGGGUAGCCAGUCUUUUGCCCUCCAGAUGUUGGGCUACAGCUGCAUCACUCCUGACAUUUGGUUAUGGGGGCGGGGGUGUAGUCCAGCAAUAUCUGGGGGGCACCUCUUUGGUUAUCCCUGGUUCAGCAGAAGGUCAUCUUCCCGGUUACACAGGAAGAGGAAAGGAGGAAUAUGAGCUUGAGUCUUGCUGUGGUUUGUGCAAGUCCCCCUAAACCAGCGGUCAUCUUGGUUUUUAGACACCUUUUUUUAGACCCAAGAGAGAAACCCAUACUCUUCACUUUUCCAAGGGAUCUGGGUAUAACUCUUGCGGCUAAGACAAUAGUGCUCAGCAGAACAGGGUAAAGCUUCACUUUUUAUCUUGCCUUUCAACACUUGGGUCAGUGCUCAUUACUGAGAGGGUCAGCAGAGGCAGGUUGGUCCUGCCCCACCAACUACUACUGGACUAACAUGUUUUUUAAAAGAUGCAAAGAGGGGUAUACAUUUCUCAGUGAAGGCACCCAGACUCUAAAAACUGGUAACAUUGUAAUUAAAGAGUUGUUAUUUAGUCCAUAUUUUAUUUUUGUUAUUAUAUGUACAACUAAUAAUGGCAACAAAGUGUUCCGGUUCUAUUAAGUGUACAGGAGCAUAAUAAACAAUCUUCAAACAGGUCAAAACUAGCAUAGUGUAACAAGCUGUAAUAUGACAACAAGCAUUUUCUCUUGAUUUCAGUGUUUUAAUUCUCUCAAAAUUGAUAUUGGUGGGACUUUGGGUACAUAAUGCUCUGGUUUUCUAGAGCAGGGGUUGUCAGCCUGGUCCCUACCGCCCACUAGUGGGCAUUUCAGGAUUCUAGGUGGGCGGUAGGGGGUUCUACGGCACAAGCUGAAUCCUCCUUCCGUUGAGCACUGGUGGGCGGUAAGGAAAUCUUACCAUCAAGAAAAAUGCAUUAGUGGGCAGUAGGUAUAAAAAGGUUGACUACCCCUGUUCUAGAGUAAAAGAAUGGACAAAGUAACAUGCAUAUCAGAGGGGAUGAAGGUAGCAAUGCUUUUCUCUAUCCCUGUUACCCAUUUACAAAUAACUUUUCAAAAUUAACAGUGAAACUCUAUAGCAGAUGGCAGAAUUCUGAACUGUCAUUUCAGAAGCAACACUCUCCUUAUGUAGUAUUGUUCAGUGCUGGAUCUACAAGUUUUGUCAUAGGGUGCAAAAGUCUUGUUUUUUGUCCUAGGGUGCCACCCAUUCUCCCUAAAGACAAAUGCUUUAAAAAGGCCUCAUAUAGGUUGGUGGGUUAAGUCAAGGAAAGGGAGCUUUGAAAAUGAGUUGCUAGUUUCCUUUAUACUGCACUGUCAGAUUUAAAAUUCAAUUAAAAGCAAAAUUAAAUAAUAAUAAUAAUGUAUAGUUUAGUAGCCAGGACCAUCCAACACAGGAAAUCAAGUUACAUACACUUCUUUCUUCUUAGAUGUAUGAAGCUGUCAGUGUUCCCAAUUAGCCCACACACAUCCACACACAGGUUACUAACUGUAAAGCAUAAUGGGAGGCCAGUGUAUAGGGGAGUGCCUGCAAGGGGGCCACCCUCCUGGUUUGCUCUGCCCAGGGUUCAUGUGCUUGCCUUCUUGGUGCAGUGGGUACUAGGAAGCAGAAGGUGACUGGAAGGCAAAGGAGGCAGAGGCGCUUAUCUGGACCCAUCUCCUGUGGCGGGGUGUGUACCCUGAAAGCUGAGGAUCGGGUGGGAGAAAAAAGGAGGCAUUUGAUUACAGCAUAUCUGUGGGUGCUGCCCUGGGCAUUUCCAGCAAGGAGCCAGAGGGGAUGCAGCUGCAUCUGUAGUGGUGAAGUGGAAGGAAGAGGAAAACAAGGAGGGCUGCCCAUCUGUCUGCCUUGGGACCUGCUGCGUCUUGGAACAAGGGCUGCCAGGCAGCAGUGAGGCAAGGCAGAAAUGGCAGGGAAGGUUCUGGGCUCUACUGCUGCUGUUGCUGCCACGCUUGCAUUGCCUGGCUGCUGUUUGCCAUCUGCUGCCAGCCCAACAGACCAGACCCAAUGUGAAGUGAGAGGCUCCUCCCUGCCCUUUCGCUCCUUUCAGCAUUGAUGUGUGUGUGCGUGUUGAACCCAGUAAUUUUGAAGCCCCCCCAAAUGUGCCGUCCAGGGGCACUUGCCCGCUUUCUCCCCACACCCGAUCCAGCCCAAGUAUUGUUUUGGGAGAGAUUCAUUUAGCAGCAGAGCACACAAACACACUUAAAAAAUAUAUAUUUAAAUAGAUGGUUUGAAUAAAAAUCAUCAUGCUAAAGUAUGAUGUCAUGACUGGAAAUGCAUUUUAUAAGCUUCAUAAUUUCUCUUUGGAAGCUGAGCUUCUGUUAGUGCUGUUGUUAAAAGUUACAAGUCUUGGAAACUGCUGUGAAGUUUUUAGUGCACAACUUGUGUGAGAAAACAUGCUUCCAAGAUUUCAGCAAGCUUUCUCAUAGAUGUUUAGGAUGGGUAAAAAUGGUUCUCAUACCUGAUACACUUGUUUGCUAGUAUGAGCUGAUGACUAAACUAGUUUGAAAUUACAAGUUUAGCAAGAUGAUGAAAACAAUUAAGCAAGUAAUGGCAAGUCAUAAAGGAGAUUUGGGUUUUUUGGAUUCCAGAGUUUAAAAGCAUAUUAUAGUUCGGUUUUUGCAGUAAAGAACGAGAGAUAAGAGUGCUCUGAAAAGUCAUAGGCAGGCAAAAAAAAAGGAAGUAGAUAAUACUGAAUGAAACGGUAGUAAUGAUAAGCAAGGAGAAAACCAGAGGAAGAGUAUUUGAAAUGAGAGAGCACCGUACACAAAGUAAAUCCCAUUAAAGAGCCACAUACGAAACAAAGCAAUGUCUUUUAGCAUUAAUUUAAGUGUGGUUGGUAUCUUCAAUGAAAUUUUGUUAAACUUUUUUUUAAGCUUAAUACACUUAAAAAGUUUGUUUUAUUUUUUAAAAAAAGCAGUGUACAAAAUAAUCAAAACAUAUAAAAAUCAAAAUUAUAUACCAAUAUCAUAAAAUAAAAUUCUAAAAAUUACAUGGUGAUUAGUAGAAUGUACAGCUAAUAGCUGUUUAUCAGGUCAAUGUAGUUUGGGCCCCUGUGUUAUCGGCAGGGGAAGCUGCAAACUUGCUGCCGCACCCUGCACUACUUACUGCCAGUUAUGUCAGCGUGUUUUGAGUUUCUAUUAAUAUAAGUUCUGUAGCCAGAAAUGUUACCCAUAACUAGUUUCAACAUGUAGCUCUGAAUGGAUUGCGUACUAAAUCUCAUAGCAACACUUGACGCAGUGAAAUGUGUUUUAAAGAGAUAAAGCAGAGAGCUUUUACCAACUUCAGUGAGAGUCAUUCCCUGAGUUUUAAUCUCGUGUUACCUACAAACAAGUAGAAAUCAAAAGAGUAAAAUUUUCACUAAACACAAAAUGCUGCAGAAAUGAUCCUGCAUUUGUUUUUAAGUGUAAUUCUAUCCUAAAUCCCUCUUCCAUGGAUAACCAGAUUAAUUUACUUAGAACAUAGUGCAGAACAUUUAAUGUAACAUUUAUGGCUGCUUAUUUAAGUCUCACCAGAACAAUGAUCUUUUAUGAAAGAGCCAUUAAGAUACAUUAGGUUUUCUAAGGGUGAACUCUUGGAAUGCUGGGAGUAGAUUCCAACUAACUCAAUGGCACUUUCUGCUGAAUAGGCUUGUGUAGAAUUGCACUGUCAGGCACACAGCACUUCUGAAGUGAUAUAAAGAGAGAACAUUUAAUAAUAAUUAAGAAGUCACGAUGCGAUUGGGCAACUACAGUGUGUCUUCUCCUUCCAUCAGCCUCCCUCCUGUUGAUAGCAUUUCUGUAAUACAUAUGGGCAGCCCAGGAUAUUUAAUGUAUUCUGAGAGGAAAAGUAUGGUUUCUUUUCCUUAUUUGGCUUUAAUGGAACAUCUUCUGCCCAUCAUGUACUUCUAUUCUUUUGAAAGCCCUUGGCCACUCUGUGGACUCAGCUAUACAGCUGCAAAUAAAACUUUUUAAGUGCAAUAUAUGAUGUGACACUAUAUGGCAGUGGUGAACCUUAUGGAAAAUUCAAUGUAUUUUUUAAAUGCUUUUUAAAAAGCAUUUUCAGAACAUUUUUUAUGUGUGUGUAGAUUGCACCUGUGUCUCUCAGCCAUACCGGGAAAUGCCAGGGAUUAAAUUUAGGACCUUCUGUAUGCAAGUCAGGUGCUUUAAGACUGGUAGGGAAAAUCUUUCAGAUUCUGAAUUUGAAUAAUACAAAGCAAUGAAACUGGGACUGGAGGGGAAGCCAUGUGUCUGAUUGCUAUAUACCAUAUAAUUUAAUUAUUCAGUUUAUGUUCUAGUUAUUCACAAUUAACAGUCUAACAUAAAUUAUGACAAAUCUACAGACUAUGUGCAACUUCUAUCAUUAUUUAAAGUAUAUUUCUUUGGAGAUGAAACUGAGCAUGCUUGAACUAUGUAUUGAGUAAUGCUUGUGUCAUGACUAUUUGACAACAGCUAUGUUCAUAAUAGAUUCAAAGGUCUUUGAGAGAGAUGGCUUUGUUACAAAAUGUAAGUGUUCUGUAGUACUAAGACUAUUUCACAUAAUGUAUGAAAAAUUGAAAUACAGCAUGAGAACCUUUCCAUUCUUACACAUUUCCAUGUUACACAUUUGACAGGUUUUCUUUAUAUCCCAGCUGUUGUAUAUUCCAAUUGCAGCAUUUUUUUCCUCCCCAGCUUAUGUUGACCAUGAGUCUUGUCAUGAUAAGUGAGAAUGUGAAGCUGGCCCGUGAGUACGCCUUGCUGGGAAAUUAUGACUCUGCAAUGGUCUAUUACCAGGGAGUACUUGACCAAAUGAAUAAAUACCUCUCUUCUGUCAAAGACACAUACCUCCAGCAGAAAUGGCAACAGGUGGGUCAUCCUUUUUCCAUUGAUUGGUUCUUACUUACACUUAAUUCAUAAGGUCCUUAGCUUAAAAAAAUUGCUUGAUAAUAAUUUGCUUACAACAGAUCGAUUAAAUUUUAUAAAUAUGCACAUUUCUAAAACCUCCUCUUGGUGAAUUCCUGACCUACACUUACUAAAGAAAAGCUGCUACUAAUUGUUAGAGAAAAUGGCACCUUUAAUUUUUAAGUUACCUAUUAUUUUAAUAAUUAAAAAGCCUCAAAAAUAAACUCAGCACUGAUUAAAAUCUGAUGCCAGCGCUUAAUUAAAGUUCAAGCCAAACCUUGUCCACUCAGAAGCAAGUCCUAUAUUGAAUUCAGUGGGGUUUUCUCGUAGGUAUGUGGAGUUUGGAUUUGCAGCCUUAGUUGAUUAAUCUAAAACUUACUGCUCUGAUGAAUUGUCUUAAUUAAUCACUAUCAUGUGAACAUCUGAGCCCUUCCUGGAAUGUAUCACUUCAGACUACUGGUGAGGAGUUGCAUUUAUGAAUGCUCUCCCUUAAUGUUUUUCAAAAACACAACUUUAUGCACAAAAAAUGUAACCUUUCUGGCAUAUCAUGGCUCUUCCAUGUGAAUGAUCAUCUGAAAUUUCCUGUCAGAGAAUUUGCUCCUGCCACACUGGGAGUUGUAUUCUUUCUCAGUACUAAAGGUAUGUUCCAAAGGCACAUGAUGCGGCAACCUUGCUGAGAUCAAUGCCUGGAAAUCCUACAUAUGCCUCUGGAAUAUAAAUAUGUAAAGUGGGAUAUAAAUAGAAUAAUAGUUCAUCAUUAUGACUUGCUUAUUUAGUACUGGAAUAUCUUGCAGUGGCCCAAGUAACCUUGAAAGGCCUGCAGUAAACACCAGUGCGAGGGCUUCUGUGGUGCAUUACUGUGCCUGCUAUGAAAUUUAGAUUACAGGAGUCUGUUCUGGAAUAACUACCUUAAAGGGCACCUAGCAUAUGGGCGAUCCUUAAGAUUAGCUAUCACAGAGAAGUAAUACUGUACCUUUAAUAUGGAAUGGAACAUGCAAACAAACUUCUAAGUUACUUAGCAUAAGUUUGCAAACAGUACAAAGUGGACUGGAAUGAACUUUAAGCAUAAAAAAGUUUGCAUGUAAGAUCCAUUGAAAGAAAAGUCAAGCAUGUAGUGGUGCAUUUGUUCCCCAUUUUGGUGCAGGGUUUGGGAAUCUUUGGUGGACCAGGUCAACUUCCCAUAAAGUAACAUAUGUUAUCUUGAAAACUUCCAAACGGCCCCUUCAUCCAAAAUAAAGAUAAAAAUAAAAGACUGAUACAAUAUCAAAACAAACAAUUGAAAAAAAUCAAAGCAAACAAUUGAAGUUAAACAUCUCUAGCACUUCUAAUGGAGAACUUUUUUAAAGGUACAUAUGCUCAGCUAGGGACACGUUUCUACCUGUUAAAGCUAUACUUUUCAUGUUUUCAAUCAGGUUAGGCAGGAGAUAAGUGUAGAAGCGAAGCACGUGAAGGAUAUCAUGAAAACACUAGAAAGCUUUAAAUUAGACAGCACGCCUUUGAAAGCUGCGCAGCAAGAAUUACCGGCUCAUGAUGGAGAAGUUUGGUCCCUGCCUGUACCUGCCGAACGUAGGUAAGAGACGCCGAGAGUGUAAAGUGGAUCAGGGAAGCCCAAAACAUUACAUUUAAAAUGUCUGUGAGGCCCACACACCGGUUCCAGUUCCUAAGUCGGGGGAAAAGCAUGCUGCGCUGUCCCCGGUAAAUAUACCUUAGCAGUCCACAUGAAGCCUCAGCACAGACCUUGCCCCGGGGGGGGGGUUCCUAAGAUCUAUUGCCCCAUAAUGUAAACUAUUCAGAUCCUCAUAGGUCCAAACAAAAUGCUUAUGCACUUGUCCCUAUGUUGAAAGCUGCUUUAGUUUAGCUUUAUUACAGUUUUCUCUUUUACAUUUUCUAACUAACCAGAAGUUCACCAGGAGCCAGGAAACGUCAGUCUGCUCAUUGCAGUGAUUGCAGGAGCCAAAAUAACCGAGCGAGUGCAGCGCCUAAAGUCUCCAGCCGUCCCUCCUCCCGAAGCUCUAACGAUAAAGGCAAAAUAAUCCGUGGCCGGGAAAAGAAGGAUCCGCAGAAUAAAAUGAAAGAAGAAAAAGUAAGUGUCUAAAAUGUGAAGCUAGCUUUUCAAGUUCUUAGAAGUGCCCCUCUCCCAUUUGGAUCUCUCUCAUAUACACUGUCAACAUUCUCAAGAGGCAGGAGGUCUAAGGUUUUAGGGAAGAGUAGUUUGAAACAUGUCAAUUUUGAAGCCCCAUUACAUUCAGUAGUGCAUAUUUCCAGGUAAAUGUGUAUAGAAUUGCAGCCUUAAUGAAACUAAACGUGGCAUUUUUGUCAAAUGGUACAAAGAUGAAUAUUAUUAGAAUUUCCUUUCAGGGAGUCUGAAGGCUAUAGUGUAUUUCAUAAGAGCAUAAGAAGACCCUGCUGGAUCAGGCCGAGGGCCCAUCUAGUCCAGUAUCCUGUUCUCACAGUGGCUGAAUAGCUACCUGUGGGAAACCAGUAAGCAGGAUUCGAGCACAAGAGCAUUCCCCUCUCCUGUGGUUUCUGCAAAUGGAUGGAGUCAUUCCAUUCACGGAAGAACUUUUAAUUAACUGAAGAGGCUUCAGUUAAUGGAAGGGGACCAUUUUCACCAACACCCACCAUGGCACUCCAGCACUGCUCAACGCUCCAGAAUAUAUCUUUGGGGAAGGGAUCAAUGGGGUUGGUAAAAAUGGUUCCCCCUCUUCCACUAGCAGAGACCUCCACUAUGUCCUUCCAUCUGAGAAACAGCCCUUGAUAAUAUUGGGUGGAGCCAUGGGUGUUUUUACAAAACAUUUCCAUUGUAAAAUGCUAUAUAAAUAUACCUAAUGCCACAAUUCAGUAACGGAAUUAUUUAUUAUAACAAGGUGCCAGAUCAGUUCAUGGCUCAGCUGACUUCUGAAUUAGCUAACCUGCACUUGGGGAUGAUUUUAAUAGUUCCACCCAGUGCCAUAUUUCCAUCUUGAAUUUGCAUUAUUCUGGUGCGGCUGUAAGCUGUGUAGACUAUGCCCACUUUUGCCUACAGGACCCUUGCUUCUAUUAUAAUUAAGAGGGCAUUAAGCCAGGUAUAGUGAUUCAUUGUGUGGACAAUUUAAAAAUAGCAAAUGUAGGUUUGAUAUGCAAACUGUGUUUGUAAUGCAGAAUAAGCCCUCGUCUGACAUUUCAGAAUCUGAGCCAAAGAAAUUUGAUAGCACUGGAUAUGACAAAGACUUAGUAGAAGCUUUGGAAAGAGACAUCAUUUCCCAAAAUCCCAACGUUCGAUGGUAAGUGUAACCCAUCUCUGUAAUUUUUUUUACUUGGGAAGUAUGUGUGUAAGCUCAAUCCUUUAAAGAGGGUAAUGCCAAUGCUUGGUUAAAAAUUAAAUUUAACCUGACAACAGAUUGUAGGUCUUCCAUUAAUAAUAUUUUUCAUUCAGUUUACGGCAAGAUAUUACAUUCAAGGAAUUAAGUGUAUCAGGCCUAGCUCAGUGCAACAUAUUGUCCACUGUGACCUGCCAACUUAUUUGCAUCGUUCAGCUGAAUCUAGCACAAGGCUUCUAUAGAGGGGAUAUCACUACAUCAUACCUGCUGUGCAGCCAGGAACAGCAAAAUAAUGGUACACAACUAGAUGCUAUACCACAACAUCAGUGGUCUGAAAGAAUAAUAAGCAUACUCUUAACUAAUGCUGCUAUACAGACUUCCUUGCUUAGAAGCAAUCCUGUUACCACAUAGCCAGCUGAGUGGCCAUUCCCUCAUUGGUUGGCAUCCUGUAUUUGCUAUGAACAGGAUGUAGUUUUAGUGGCUGAAGCGUAAAUGACUACUGUCCCAAUGUGGGCUAGUCAACAGUUGUUAAGAGUUGCUAAUUAUCUGAAUUAACAUUUUUCUCCUUUGUGUAUACAUAAGGCAAGAAUGUUAUAAAAUGAGCUUAACCUAUACACUUGUACCAAGAAUCCCUGGAAAAGAUGGUCAAUUUGCCUCAACAGAAUUUUUCUUAGAAUAUUACAUGAGCCAGUUUUCAGUGAGGGUGGGAGAAUGAGUUUGUGCAUCUUAAAAUUAGAGCUUGUGUAGUCUGUAUUUGGGCCUGUUCAAUGCCUGAAAGGGGGGGAAAAGAACACUCUUCUGACUUAGAGAAGCAAAUUGCCUGCUUUCCUUGGUCUUUACUUGCCAUAUACAACCAGUGGAUUGGUUUCUGUUUCUAUUAUGAACCUGUACUUUAAAAGCAAAUUCCUUCAUACUGAAACACUUCAUUCUUACUAAAUCCUGAGGAAUGUGCCCUGCUGAGUAAACAUGAAUAAUAUUAGGCUACUUGUGCCCAAAGAAAGGGCUGGCACAUACUGUACAAAAUAAUGUUUCUCUAUAACUUAGAAUGUAACGGUUGUGGUUGUGAUUGUUUGUUUGUUUGUUUGUUUGUUACUUAAUUUAUAUUUUGAAACUCUCUAGAGGAGGAGGUGGUUUGAGGGGCUGCAGGGGGAGGAGGAAUUGCUGGAAACAGCCAGCCUGCUCAGUCUUCUAAUAUAUUUUUUCUGUCAGCAGUGGGACACCCACUGAAUACCUUUCUGUGGUUUUUGACUUCUUGAAUAUUUAUAAUUUGUAUAACAAAUGCACGUAUUUAUAAAGCUUCACCUCUAAUCACUUUUACCCUUGGUUUAUAUAUAAAAUCAUAUUUUAACUUGGUGUGUUAAAAAGUCAAAAUUUAACUCAAUGUGGUGCCUGCAUUCAGAGAGCAUUUUAAGCCAGGUUACUUAAAGGGAUGAUAAAUAUUACUGAAAUGCUUAAACGAAAAAAAAACACCUGAACUUUUUAUAUUAAAAACAACUUUAUGAUAGACUUCCAUGUGAAAGAACAUUUUGUACAAACAACAAGUGUGUUGAUGUAUUGAUAGUUUUCUCCUGGAACAGAAUUACAGAUCAUGCAAAUUUACUUGGAACAGAAUGCUGACACCUGGGAGUUGAUAGAAUUCAAAUGGGAAACUAUUUAUUUGAUAUUCUUCUGUAGAGAGUCAUAGAAGGUUUCAGCUGCAGGUAGGAAUGCAUCUUUUAGAAGCUAACCCAAGGUUACCGUCUGACUGUGAUAGGGACUCUUGAAAGGAACAGUAAUUAGUUGCUUCUAGUGUGUCAUAAUCUGUUAAUUUCUUUUCUUAAACAGGGAUGAUAUAGCUGACUUAGUGGAAGCUAAAAAGUUGCUCAAAGAAGCGGUGGUUUUACCCAUGUGGAUGCCAGAAUUCUUUAAGGGGAUUAGAAGGCCCUGGAAGGUAAAAUCAUGCAAUUUAGUUUUGAAUUAAUAAUGUUUUCAUAUGUCCUGAUCGGGCACACUUUUAAUAAGAGAAAAUAAUGAGAUAGUAUUAACCUAAAAUCUGAAUGCAGUUAUUGUAUGGCUAGAAUUUCUCACAUUUUAGCAAUAGAGCAAAAUAUAAAGGUAAAGGUAAAGGUACCCCUGUCCGUACAGGCCAGUCGUGUCUGACUCUAGGUUUGUGCGCCCAUCUCACUUAAGAGGCCGGGGGCCAGCGCUGUCCGGAGACACUUCCGGGUCACGUGGCCAGCGUGACAAAACUGCUCUGGCGAGCCAGCACCAGCGCAGCACACGGAAACGCCGUUUACAUUCCCGCUAUAAAGCGGUACCUAUUUAUCUACUUGCACUUAGGGGUGCUUUCGGACUGCUAGGUGGGCAGGAGCUGGGACCGAAAGACGGGAGCUCACUCUGCCGCGGGGAUUUGAACCGCUGACCAUACGAUCGGCAAGUCCUAGGCACUGAGGUUUUACCCACAGCGCCACCCGCGUCCCAAGAGCAAAAUAUAAUAUAUCACAAUUCCACUGAAUGCAAUGUGUAGUGAUCUGGAUACGUAAACAAGUUAUGUAAGAAUGCCUGCUGUUCUGAUCCUCAGAGCUAGGAUACCAUUUUCUUAGACAUGAUAUUAAAGCACAUUUGGAGAAAAGGAAGUUCUAAAGCAAUUUCCCAUGGAAAAUGUGUUCUAGAUAUCUCAAAUGAGAAACUUUCUGAACAUUUUUUUGGACUUCCUUUCUUUUACAUAGGGUGUUUUGAUGGUUGGUCCUCCUGGCACUGGAAAAACGCUUCUUGCAAAAGCUGUAGCUACUGAAUGCAAGACAACCUUUUUCAACAUAUCAUCGUCAACACUUACUUCAAAAUACAGAGGAGAAUCUGAAAAACUUGUUCGACUUCUAUUUGAAAUGGUGAUUUUAGAGUUCACUGUUGGUUCUUUGAUAUAUAUUUUGGAUGAAUAAUAGUUUCUAGAAUAUACAGGUGUUUCAAAAACCUGGCUACUCGUCUGAAAUUUAUAUUUAAGCUUUUUUCAGACUUCUAGUUGUACAGCAGCUAAAGGGUAUGCAUGUUUGUAUGUAAUGGUUGUUGUGUUACAUUGGUCAGUUGAGCAGGGCUGACCAGCGUUGAGCUAUCGUGGACCAGACUCCUUGUACUGUCAUAAUUUUGUCUUAACGCAGUACCAGUCCUAUCUGACUGCAAUGAGUUAUUCUCCUUUACCAGACAAGCAUGAUGCAGUUGCAUCACAAAAUGUAGAGGGUGUGUGUGUGUGUGUGUAGCCAGCCUCAUUCCCACACCACCCCUCUCCAUUAAAGUCUUACAGGUUGCUUUGUCACUUAGCAGUGAAUUGCAUAGUAGCACCUCCCUUGGUUUCAUACCAUUCAAGUUAAUGUAUAACUUUUAUUACUUUUUUAAUGAAUGAAUUCAGGUAGGUAGCCGUGUUGGUCUGACGCAGUCAAAAAAAAAUUAAAAGUAUCUGAAGAAGUGUGCAUGCACACGAAAGCUUAUACCCAGAACAAACUUAGUUGGUCUCUAAGGUGCUACUGGACGAUUUUUUAAAUUUAUUAUGAAGCACUCCAAAGCCCACUUGCAUGCUGCCCAGAAUAUUAUUUGAAAGUUUGUUGGGUCUCUGGAUGUUGGAUUAAUGGAUAACAUUUGGCCAUGCUGGCUAGGAAUGGCAGUUGAAGUCCAGUGUCUGGGAACCCAAGAUUGUUGCUUCAGGGGUAGACUUUAGUAAUAUGGUGCCCUGAGCAAAGGCAAAAUUUGGCAUUGUCCCCCCCCCCCCCAAAAAAAAAACUUUGAGUAGGUACCCAUAUAAAUAUAGCGAUGAUGAUGAUGAUGCACCCCCUCGGCUCGGCACCCUGUGCAGGGGAACUACCCGAAUCACCCUAAAUCUGGUGCUGGCUGCUGACUUGAGAGGGAAAAACUGUAAUUGUAUGGACUUUCAAGGUUAUAUGCCAUGUUUUUUGUGAAGUAAGUUGUUAAACAUAGCUCAGCGGUACUUCUAGUGAUUUAAUUGAUGUUCCUUCAUCUUGUCUCUCCAGGCUCGAUUCUAUGCACCAGCAACAAUAUUUAUAGAUGAAAUCGAUUCUAUCUGUAGUCGCAGAGGAACUUCUGAGGAGCAUGAAGCCAGCCGAAGGGUGAAGGCAGAAUUACUCGUUCAGAUGGAUGGUAAAUAAGCUCAGUUCACAUUGUGUUAAAGAGAUGUGGAGCUCAAAGUAGGAACUUUGAUGUGACAUUAUAGUAGCAACACUGUACUAAUAUUUCUGCUUUGGAUCAGAAAUUAUGUAUGACUGUUUAGAGUAGUAGCUUUGUGCUAUACGUGUAUCAUGUGGAUGUAGCACUGUCUGAAUUACUGUGGUUGUGGAAUCAUUGAACAGUCUUAAUUUUGCAGACCAGUGGAUAGACUUCUGAAAAGUGUUUUCCCUCUUUACAAAGCUGUCUUAGUCGUUCUGCUCUUGUUUUUCUUUUUUAGUAAUUAAAUGCAGCAGCAGGGGGAGCUGCUUCAAUAGCCAAGAGAUACUUUAUUCAAAUUGUUCAGUGCAAAUCUGUUGCCAUUUUAUGCAGGUGAUUAAAAUUCACAUUGGCUUUAACUUUGGAUAGCUUCCAGAAUUUUGUGACCUCCCCUUAUAACUUCCUCUUUCCUUCUGAUUUAGGUGUUGGAGGGGCUUCUGAAAAUGAUGACCCUUCCAAAAUGGUUAUGGUACUAGCUGCUACUAAUUUCCCAUGGGAUAUUGAUGAAGCCUUACGACGGCGGCUAGAGAAGAGAAUUUAUAUUCCUUUACCAUCAGGUAGAACAACUUCCAUUUUGGGGGAAACCAACCUUUUUAUUUAUCCUGAAUUUUGAAUUCUGAACCUGAAUUUGGUAUAGGACUGUAUUGGGAAAUAGGGGUGGUGCUUCCAAGUGGCCUCCGGGGAAAAUACUCCCCCAAGAAGUAGAAUCCCAGGUUUGUGCUGCCUUCUAUGGAAGGGACAGUGUUCGCUUCUCCCCUGGGAAGUCCCCUGAACCUCCAGAGCUGUGAUUAGGGUGGCAGUUUGGGUUGCAGUGAAAAUCACUUCCCUUCCUUGGUAGAUUGUUGCUUGUAAACUUUGGCACACAAGAUUCUCGGGUGGCAAAAAGCAGAACUAAGUGCAUAUUUAGGAACCCAUUUUUGAAAGCCUCAGCAUUUUUUGAAAGUUAGUAAUUAUACUAUGUGGUUCAAACUAUUUAUAUUGUUACUUUUUAAAAAAUGUUCCAUUUUAGCCAAAGGUAGAGAAGAACUUCUAAGAAUAAGCCUGCGAGAGUUGGAACUUGCUGAUGAUGUUGACCUUGCCAAUAUAGCACAAAAUAUGGACGGUUAUUCCGGGGCUGACAUUACUAAUGUGUGCAGGUACGUUAAAACUGUAACACUUCUAAAAUAAUUAAGGCCUGUUUUAAGCAUACCUGCUCAGAAAUUUGAAUGAAUAAUCAUUUAAUUGGGGCUUCUAUUGGAAUCCAAAAUUUGUUUAUGAAAAUACAUUAAUGUUGCCGUUUGUCCACUGGCUUACUGCUUUGAUAAAAAAAAUAUUAUACUGAAACUACUUCCCAGCCAGGCAGUCUUUAUUCUUCUCCCUCUUCAUUCUCCUCUAGUUCAAGGAAAGCAGACAGAUUCAACCUAUUUCUCUGCUUUCCUUGAACUUGGGGAAUGGCAGGUUUGUAUACCAUUUCCCCUUAGUCCCCAUUCUCUGCCACGAUGGGUAUUUUCCUUCUUGGUGCACACUUCUCUCAUGUAUUGUUCCUCUCCACUCUACAUUUUAUCCUUUUUCUCUGGCCAUAUUCACUUUUUCCUCAUCCACAUCAGUUACCUUCUCUUAUUUCUUCCACUCCCCUCUACUCCCUCUCCGUUAUUUUUUUCCUGCCUCACUCAACAAAUCUUUCUCUAACCCCAUACCUGUCUCAACUGCACUACUUGUGCUUUUUCUCAGUAGCUGAAUCCAUUCAGCCCUUGCAAAAUGAAGAGGGUAAUGCCCAUAUCGGCCUCUCCGAAAUGACUCCACACCCCUUGCCUUCUGUCAUCUAUUAGCCUAGCCAGUGUCACUGUUUGAAAUACCGAAAUUCCUGUCUUCCCAUUGAAGGCAGUUUUGAUAUUUGACAGAGCUGUAGCUGUAAAGCAUCUGCUCUGAAUGCAUAAAUUCCUAGGUUGGAAACAUCCCUUACCUGAAAUCCUAGUGAGCCACUGCCAGUCAGUGCAGACAAUACUGAGCUGGAUGGACCAAUGCUCUGACUCUGUAUAAGGCAACUUCCUGGAUUCUUGUGACAUUUUGCUAAAGGGAGAUACCAAAAAUGUGUAGCGGUUUCUGUGAAUAUACAGUGGUACCUCGGGUUAAGUACUUAAUUCGUUCCGGAGGUCCGUUCUUAACCUGAAGCACCACUUUAGCUAAUGCUGCUGUGCCUCUGCUGCACGAUUUCUGUUCUCAUCCUGAAGCAAAGUUCUUAACCUGAGGUACUAUUUCUGGGUUAGCGGAGUUUAACCUGAAGCGUAUGUAACCCGAGAUACCACUGUACAAAGGAUAAGACACGCAUGAUCAGAGAGAGAAAAGAAUGAUAAAAAGGUGUCUCUGUAAGCUGGGGUUUCAAGCUGGGUCUCAGAUUCCAAAUUACUGCAAUAGAUUUAUGUGAUCUACUGAACUGUUAUUAAUCCACUGUUGUAGAAGUGGGAGCCUGCAUGCCUCCAGAUGUUGCUGGACUGACUCCAACAUCUGGAGAGCCACAGGUUCCCUAUCCAUGUAGUACUGGGUACAGUACGAAGUCCUCAGAUGUGUUUCCGUUUGUGUGUGGAAGGUCAAACUUUCCAAGCAGUCUCUGUUUGAUAUUUUAAGCAUGUCAGUGUUCAUCUACAACUACUAUUAGCCAUUUACUUAGGACCAGUAGCAUUGUGUAUUCUCAUUAAGUCCAAUCUUGGAUACCAACAGGGAUGCUUCACUAAUGGCUAUGAGAAGGCGUAUUGAAGGCUUGACACCAGAAGAAAUCCGAAAUCUUUCCAGAGAUGAAAUGCACAUGCCAACCACAAUGGAAGAUUUUGAAAUGGCUUUAAAGAAAGUUUCGAAGUCAGUCUCUGCUGCGGACAUUGAAAAAUAUGAGAAAUGGAUAUUCGAAUUUGGAUCAUGCUAAGCCUUCCUACCUUGAGAUAUCUGCCUUAAGUCUUCAAACAAUUCCAGAAGUAAUUAAAAAGUAGUGCAACAGGGCACUGAGUACUAUUUUUUAACUUUUGUAAUUACAGUUAACAGCAAUAUCCUUAAUAAAGUUAGUUUUUUAAACUGCAGCUCAUUUUUUACCUCUUGCACCAGUUGUCCCUUCUGUUCUCUGCACAAGGUAUUUGCAUGUAAACUAGUCUUACUUCCAUCUAUGCACCCAACUAAUGCAAUAGUAUUAGUUGGGAAGUGUUAUACGUACCUAUUUACAGAUAACAGGGUGAAAACUUUUUGACAUAGAUCCACAUUUUCUAUUUUUUAUAUUCAAAUAGAGUAAGCUUGCUUUGCUGUUUGCCUACACUUUUAAUGAUAAGUAAAAGUGAACCACCUGAGCCUCAGGUGACAGCAAAGGAUCCAAAAUAACCCCCAAGCUACAUACCUGCUCCUUCAGAGUAUAUAAUCCAUCAGGAACAGGCAAUCUCCCAUCCAUACAGCCUAAGGAACCACUCACUAACAGUGCCCUAAUUCUGUAACUUUAGCGAAUUACAUAAACAUUCAAUGGGAAUCAAUGCUAGGUGGUGCUGGGAAACACAAAUGGCACAAGGAGAAUUCACAGGAGAAAACCAAUGGCAAUAUAUAAAGGGUAACAUAAAUAAAUAUUUUGCCUUGUCUCACACUUUGCUCUGGAGACCUUAUUCACGAAGCAGCAGUAGCAUUUCAGUAUUAUGAAUAUGUAGUGCUUUGUGUUCUAGCAUGGCAGUUAUCUCAAAAAUGGAAUGCUUUUCAAUAUAAAAUAUUUGAAGGCAUUCUUUUCAUGUGAAGUCACAGGCUUGAUAGCUACAUGAACCUGCCCUCAUGCUGAGAUCACCCUGGGUCCUCCCAUCUCCAAAGGUAAUGCAGGUAGCAGCUAGGAUAUGGGUUUUUUCAGUUGUUGCAUCCUCCGUUAUCUUUCUGGCACCAAGCAAAUAUAUUUUUUUAUUUCCCCAGGCCUUUUAGCUUUCAUGUUAUAAAGGGAUUUAUGUGCCAUCUUUCAGCUGUAGAAAGAGCCCCCAAAGUAGCAUUUGAUCAUUCAGUGGUGGUGCUUGGCUGAAGGUAAGGCUUCCAGCAGCAGAAUAAGGAGCAAAGCAAUUUCCCUUCCUCUCUCCAAAUCUGCUCUGGAAAGUCCCCAGCCCUCCAUACUAACUUAGGAGGGAUGUGCAGGGGAGGAGAUGCUGCUUCCCUCCCUAUUCUGCUGACAGACUCCUUAUGGUCCGCUGAGCAACACUCCUCAACACAAUCCUAAAGGUACCCCUGACUGUUAGGUCCAGUCGCAGACGACUCUGGGGUUGCGACUCUAUAGGCCGAGGGAGCCAGCGUUUGUCCACAGACAGCUUCCAGAUCAUGUGGCCAGCAUGACUAAGCCGCUUCUGGCAAACCAGAGCAGUGCACGGAAACACCAUUUACCUUCCCACCAGAGCGGUAGCUAUUUAUCUACUUGCACUUAGUGCUUUCGAACUGCUAGGUUGACAGGAGCUGGGACCGAACAACGGGAGCUCACCCCGUCGCGGGGAUUCAAACCGCCGACCUUCUGAUCGGCAAGCCCAAGGCUCAGUGGUUUAGACCACAGCGCCACCCGCGUCCCUUCAACACAAUCCUGAAGCUUUUUAAAUCUGUGAUUGGGUUUUUUAUCUGCUGCUGAGAAUUUAUUUUACAUUGCUGCUUUCUUCGCCUCUAAGCAGUUAAAUACAUCUGGUGUGUUUUUGUUAGGCAUGUUCGGAGCAGUAAUGCUGAAGGGUAGUGUAGCAACUCUGUGAAAUAAACCACCCCCUGUAAAAUAUACGAAGCAAACCAGUUUUGCAAGGGUCGGGCCUUGCUGUCCUUGAUAGACAUGAAUGAUACAAGGCCUCCAGUUUCUCUCAACAGAUAAGGAUUUAUUGUAAAGCUGUGAUCGUACAAAUCCAUAUGUAAAACAAUUCUUAGUAAAUCGGGAUCUUGAAGACAUUUUCUCUUGGGUAAGAGGCAUUUAUACUGUACUGCAACUUCAAGAAGUACAGUUUUACAAACACAACUUUUAGUGGGAAGAGGCCUUUUUAAAAAAAUGACUGAAUAAAGUGCUUGUAAUGUUAGAUUGCCUUUCAUGCACCAAAAAGCACCGCACCAAUACUGAAUUUGUUGUAAGAGCAGGAUGAAAGCUAUCUCUCGACCUCUCCCAUAAGGCACGCUUAAGGACAGCAGGCCUAAAUUAGCUUUCCUUUUCUCACAGGUGUGUACAAUCCUGUCCAUGCUGUUCCAUGUUGCUGGGGUCUAAUCACUUAUUAUUUUCAUUGCUCUGUGGAGCUUAAGGCUGCAGUCUUAAUUAUGUUCACGUAUCAUUACUGAAAUCUCAGGAUGUUUCAAGGCAGCAGGUUAUUUAGAUUAGUGUGGCAGGUUCAUGCAACCAGUGUAGUCGGGAUGAUUUUAUGAGGAGAUGGGAAAUUACUUCAUAGAAGUUAGAACUUGCUGAAGUCCUUAUGGAAGGAAACUGCUAUUUUUUUCCCCUUCUGUCAAUAACUUAUUAAGGUGGUUGAAGUGAAGACGUAGUCUUUGGGGCCUCUUAAAACAUUUUAAAACAUUGACAUUUCAUAGUCUGUAUAGGAAAGGGUACACAAUAUAUUAAGAAUCAAGUGUCAAAUACCGUGUCAACAAAUUCAUACAAUUAAGGUGAAUGUGUUUAAAUACACUUUUCCUCUAUAUUAUCUGUCUUCUCUGGAAUAUCUGGAAGUAAGCUGAUCCCGACCACAGGGACGACACUGAGAUCAACCUGAAGGACUCCCCUGAAAAAGAAGCAGGUAGUCAUUGAAAUCUAGACUUCAGAAAUUCAAGGUUUUUCUUACCAGUUGUCAUGCCCAGUUUAACAGUGUUGUUUCAGCUUCAGAACUGAAAACUGUACAACAAAAACAAGUUUACUUCAACAGAUAUGUAAGCAUGGUAAGCUAAGACUGUUAAAAAAAAGUUUGUCUUCUGCGUUUAUAGUGCCUAUUAGGAAGAGCAACUGUUCAAAACAGCUGCACCUGAAAUAUAGAAGAAUGGUUUUAAAAGGGUCAAUAUAUUAUAAUAUUUCAGGAGAACUACAUUUGUGGAACUGGACUAUGCUCACAAAAACUUAAGCAGGGAAAGAAAACAUUAGUCAGAAAUAAGCUCCUUUUUUCUGAAGUAACAGUUUGGUUCUACAGAAUGAAAUGUAGAAAGGCACUUACCUGGGUUCACAUGAGGGGCAAAACACUUUUAAGACUUUGAUGAUUAAAGCUGCUCCAACAACUCCAACAACAAUGACCAACAUUAGAUCAAAGAACACUGGAAAGGACUGCAGCCAGAACCUGCAGAGCUCUUUUCUCAAGUAUUCCACCCACUGGCACAUCACCUGCAAAUGCAACAAUACUGCCAGUUAAAUACCCAUCACUGAUGCCCACUAAACACAGAAGGUGGUAUAUCUGUUUCAAAUCUCAGACCAUAGAUCCUCUUCGGAAGCCCAACUGCUCCAAUUUAAAUGAUCUUUUUAGCUCUCCGCCACUAUUUAUUUACUGAUAAAUAAACAGUGAUUAAGACUAGCGGGGGCUGAUCAGAGUGGUGGCUCUAGCCCUGCACUCUAUCCAAAAGUGGCCAGUUUAGAGGUGAAGUUUGCAAGCCUGGUGGCAGCAGCUUUUUCCUCUUCUAUGCCUUCAGCACAUGAUAUAUAUGCUGUAUCUACACAGAUACUUAGAUCUUAAGAUAAGUGAACAAAAAGAAGAUCAUGGAAGGAAAGUUUCCCUUCCCCUCUUCCACCCCCACAGUUGCCCGAAGCUUCUCAAAUUCCUUCUGUACUUGCCUCAUAAACUUACACUUGUUUUGGCCGAUUUUUUUUUGUUUCCCCCCUUUGUUCAAAAAGGAUACUAACUCGCCUUUGACAGCUUCCUUGACGUUGCUAUUUAACCACACUGCCGUUCUCUUGGACUCGUUUGCACCUGUACAUUUUUAUCUGACUCUGUUAUAAUUAUUGGGUGAUACUGGAACAGCUUUUGAUCUAGCAGUGGGGUCUGUUUAUAUAAGAGAAGGAGAAGUCAUUUGUGCCAAUUUACUUCUCUCUAUAACCCCGCCAUGUCCCUCAAAAAUCUGUUCCAGAGACUUGGGAGACCAUUGGUGACAGUGUGUAAUAUAGCUCUGGGGACUGCAGCAGUAAGCAGAAUUUUUUUAACUUCCUUUGUAACUAACCUCUCAUUUUUAGACACUUCCUCUUCUGAAAUUGAAUGCCACGUUACUGCACUUUCUGGGCAAGCUUACAAUGAUUAUGAAAUGCUGAAUUUGAGACACAAGUAUUUAUUGUAUCUAGAAAUUUGUCUUUUUGUUAUGGCCUGAUAUUUACCCAAAGUGAGGAUAAUUUAAGUUGUCCAUUAUUACAAUAGUUUCUCCUUUGGCUGCCUACCCGGCUUGUCUGUCUGAAAAUCAUCAUCAGAGUUUUGGUCAGAAGCAUAAUAACAUGUUCAUAAUAUAUUAUUUUGGAGGCCUGGUAUUUCUGUGACGGGAUUUCUUCUUUUAUUAUUUUUAAUUUAUUAUAUGUAAUGUUCUCUUUUAUGCAGACUAACACCACUCCAAGUGGGGCCUCUGGAAUUUUUAUACCCAGGAGUAGGAAAUAAUUAUCACCAUAAUGCUUCUGAUAUUUAAACUAUGUUUUAAGUAUAUGCUUUUCUUUAAUUCCAGGAACUUUUAAUUUGCUUAUCUUGGAUCUGAAACUUCUAGAAUUAGCAUACAAAUACCAAUACAUUUUAGCUCAAGGUAUAUAUGUCUUUUUUUGCGCACGAUUUUGACUAUAAUACAUUUGGUUAUUAGUUUGGUUUCAUGUUUUCUUUUUCAUGUUUAAAUUAACUUUUCUAUUUUGUGUUCAGUUACAGGGCAAGAAACAUUCAGCUCCUUGAUGAACAUCAGAUAUGUUCAAUCAUCUUGUAGAGCAGGAGGAAGACCAUGCCCACAGGCCAUGCUCCCAACCAGUAGAAGUUCAGCUGAAUGUGUAAAAAAAGACACCUGUGCUCUCAUAUCCCAGGAGGAAAGGAGCUGAGAACACACAAGCUUGGCCUCGGGCAUUGUGAAUUCUCAUCUCUGAAACAUGCAUGUACGCCCAGCUCUUGGCCUUCCCUACCAUUGGGGUUUUGGGUUGAAGUCCCUUCUGCAAUCAGAAUAACUCUAUGAUAUUUUUUGGAAAGGGUAGGGAGCAGUUUCCUCUGUCCCAGCAGUACUCUGCCCUGCUGUCUUGUCCCCUACAUAAUUUAGGCUCCUGGAAUGUCUCACGAGAAUGCCCCACCCUACAAUAGUGGUGUAACAGUAACAGAAAAGACCUUAUAAGAGGAUGGAGGCUCUGUUCUGAGAGGAGUCUCUGGCAACUUGCCAGGCAUUGUCUCUUCGUCCACUGUAGUUUCUACUUGUCUUAGAAGGUAGUGACUGGUUGUUUGUAGUGGGCUUUCAAUAUCUAUUUUUUAAAAAGAAAAGAAAGAGGUUAGAUUAACAAGUAGAUGCCUCCCCACCUCCAUAGAUAAUUCCAGGGGAAAGCAAGCAAGCAAAAUAACAAAGUAAGGCUACAUUUUGAGAAUAUCCAAAUAUACUUGUGCAUUUUGUUUCACAAUACAACAUACUAAAAAGAAUGACAAACAAACAAAUUUGACCUGCCUUUAAAAUUGAGGAGUCAAUUUUUGGCCAUUUCCCAUAAGACUUGAAAGACUUCUUAGCUGGCAUUUGGCUGAUUCACUAGUCUGGGGAUUGUUUUAUCAUUAUUUGCUGCUUUCAUCUUACCAAGUUGUUCUUAAAUGAUGCACACCACUUAGAACAUUGGAAAAGGAGCCUAUAGACAUUUUAAAAUCAAUCAACUUAAAAUAGAUUGGAUGUUCUCCCUUUCGGUGUAUGGAUACUGAAAAGUAAUACAGGAAAGCUUAAAUGAAAAGACAAAAAUUAUGGCAACACUUUCUGUAAUGAAGAAGCCAAACCGGUUUGUCAGAGAUCAACAUCACUGCAUACCUUUUCCUGCAAUGUUUGGAAGUGUGAACAAGAUAUCAUUGUCUCUGGGGAUGGAAUACAGCAUGCUUUCCUUCAAAGGAACAGUGUAAUUUGAGUGCCUAAGGACUCUUAAGUCCUUUACCAAGAUGUCUAUUUCAGUCACUUCAUCUUGCUGAACCUGCAAAAGAGAAGUAUAACUAUUUAUGAGUAAUCCUCUUGAAACCGGAGCGGUAGGUGCUUUUUUGAAAUGGUGAAAAUAAAAAGGCAGAUGUAUAAAAGAUAAACAGAAUGCCAAGAUGAAAAGUCUGUUUGAUUUAGGAACAUAGGAAGCUGCCUUAUACUGAGCCAGACCAAUGGUCCAUCUAGCGCAGUACUGUCAACACUGACCAGGCAGGAGCCAUUCCCAGCCCAAACUGGAGAUGCUGGGGACUGAACCUCAUACCUUUUCAAGCAAUGCUCUACCAGUGAACCAUGAUUCUUCCUCGUUAAAUAAAGAUUCCACUCACUGUAGCCCUUUUUGUAGUCUCACUAAAGAGAUAUUAAGGUGAAGGGCAGAAUGUGAUAUCGACUCUCUUCUAAAGAGCAACCCUGUUGAAUUGUCUCUUGAAAUUUGAAGGUUCAUUAUUGUUCCACAAUAUGUGUAUUUCUUUAAGGGCCAGAGCAAAUAACGUGACCUAGUUUUACAGCUGUGAAGCAGUAUAGCAAGUGCUGUUAAGUUGUGGUGAUUAAGCUGUGUCAGCAAUUGGGUAUAGUAUAUAAAGAGCAGCACCUAGCUCUCUCAGUACCCUGGUGGUUGGGUUAUGCUUAUUGAUAUAUUUAAUGUAAAAGGAGUUUUUGUUUUUGUUAUUAAAACCUAGUUAAAGUU